AUGAAUUCGGACCACCCUUUUGCCGCGACUUAUAUUCAGAGGGAAAGUCAAAACAUCCCUCAAAAGGAUCAGAGCUCAGCCACCACUGGCAGAGCCGCAGGGAUCAGGACGUUAAAGGGCUCCUCGCACCUUACUCCUCGCCUCAGCCUUCGGGACUUUAAAGCGAGGGCAAGGAGGAAUCGGAGGGCCGACAGGGACAGCGGAGAAAGGCUCGAGCUUCCAGUGGAAGCCAGAGACAAAGGGAAAUCUGGUGGCUUAAUGGUUACCCAUUAUAAACAGUACCCACCCAACACAAGCAAAGUUUAUUCUUACUUUGAAUGCCGUGAAAAGAAGACAGAAAACUCCAAAGGAAGGAAGGUGAAAUACGAGGAAACAGUAUUUUAUGGGUUGCAGUACAUUCUGAAUAAGUACUUAAAAGGUAAAGUAGUGACCAAAGAGAAAAUCCAGGAAGCCAAAGAAGUCUACAAGGAGCAUUUCCAAGAUGAUGUCUUCAAUGAGAAAGGAUGGAAUUACAUUCUUGAGAGAUAUGAUGGGCAUCUUCCAAUAGAAAUAAAAGCUGUUCCAGAGGGCUCUGUCAUUCCCAGAGGAAACGUUCUCUUCACAGUAGAAAACACAGACCCAGAAUGUUACUGGCUUACGAAUUGGAUUGAGACUAUUCUUGUUCAGUCUUGGUAUCCAAUCACAGUGGCAACAAAUUCAAGAGAGCAGAAGAAAAUACUGGCCAAAUAUUUAUUAGAAACUUCUGGUAACUUAGAUGGUCUGGAAUAUAAAUUGCAUGAUUUUGGGUACAGAGGAGUCUCUUCCCAAGAGACUGCUGGCAUAGGGGCCUCUGCUCAUUUGGUUAACUUCAAAGGAACAGAUACAGUAGCAGGGAUUGCUUUAAUUAAGAAAUACUAUGGAACAAAAGAUCCUGUUCCAGGUUAUUCUGUUCCAGCUGCAGAACACAGCACCAUAACAGCCUGGGGGAAAGACCAUGAAAAAGAUGCUUUUGAACACAUAGUCACACAGUUUUCAUCAGUGCCUGUAUCUGUGGUCAGCGAUAGCUAUGACAUUUAUAAUGCGUGUGAGAAAAUAUGGGGUGAAGAUCUAAGACAUUUAAUAGUAUCAAGAAGUACAGAAGCACCAUUAAUAAUCAGACCUGAUUCUGGAAAUCCUCUUGACACUGUUUUAAAGGUUUUGGAUAUUUUAGGCAAGAAGUUCCCCGUUACAGAGAACUCAAAAGGCUACAAAUUGCUGCCACCUUACCUUAGAGUUAUUCAAGGAGAUGGAGUAGAUAUUAAUACCUUACAAGAGAUUGUUGAAGGCAUGAAGCAAAAAAAGUGGAGUAUUGAAAAUGUGUCCUUUGGUUCUGGUGGAGCUUUGCUACAGAAGUUAACAAGAGACCUCUUAAAUUGUUCCUUCAAAUGUAGUUAUGUUGUAACCAAUGGCCUUGGGAUUAAUGUCUUCAAGGAUCCAGUUGCUGAUCCCAACAAAAGAUCAAAAAAAGGUCGAUUAUCUUUACAUAGGACACCAGCAGGGAAUUUUGUAACACUUGAAGAAGGAAAAGGAGAUCUUGAAGAAUAUGGUCAUGAUCUUCUUCACACUGUCUUCAGGAAUGGAAAAGUGACAAAAAGCUAUUCAUUUGAUGAAGUGAGAAAAAAUGCCAACCUGAAUAUUGAACUGGAAGCAGCACCUCACUAG